CACACAGACACGCUGCAUGGACAGGGGGGAGAGUGUGCAAGAAAACACAAGGAGAUAAAGUGAUAGAGGCAGGCAUAUGUAUCGAGAUAGUCAGAGCUGCAAAGAGACCGACAGAGAGGCAGUCAUAUACACACACAUAUAUAUAUAUGUAUAUAUAUAUAUAUAUACACACACACACAUAUAACAUAUAAAUAUAGAGAGAGAGAGAAAGGGGAAGGGGAAGAGAGGAAAAUGAACAAGUUUGGGGAAGAAGGGAUAAAAAUGGAGAGAGAGUAAGUGAUUGAAAAAACCAGUGUGAGGGAGAAAAAGAGAUAGAAAAAAAGAUAAAGAAAGAUAGAAUAAAUUUGACUCAUUAAAGGAGAGAUUGGCUAAAUAUAAUCCAUGAGCAGACAAUGAUUAUAUCAUUUAUAGGUAGGGAGGCAGGCUGACAGAGAGCUCUUGGCGAUUACUGAUUGACAGGGAGUUGGAUAUAUUUAUUGACUGGGAGAUUAAAUAAAAGAUAAUGUUCAGAACACGAGGAGUGGGAGGAGAGAGAGGAGGGAGCGCGGCGAGAGAGGCGUGACAAGCAAAUCAAACAGACUACAGAGGACCAACUGGAUGAGACACAGAGACCACAGAGAGACACACACAAGGUAAGAUGUGUGAUACACGUGUUCGUACCGAGACUGAUAAACUUACAGCGCUACAGAUGGUAGAUUGCAAAGACAGACAGAUAAUCCAUCAGGCUGGGUAAAUGGAUGGACGGACAGACAGAGUUUGACUUGGAUUGAUGUGCAGACAGAUGGUGAGACAUUAUGGAUGGAUAGACAGAUAGAUAGAUAGAUAGAUAGAUAAUAGAUAGAUAGAUAGAUAAUGAACAGAUAGAUAGAUAGACAGACAAACAGUAGAUAGGCAGACAGACAAUGAUAGACAGACAAACAGAUAGACAGACAAACAGUAGAUAGACAGACAGAUGACAGACAGACGAUGGAUAGAUAGAUAGACAGACAGACAGAUGAUUGAUAGAUAGAUAAGCUCAUGAGCAGCAAGUACACAGGGUUUAGAGAAGAAAUACCCACACAGGGAGAGGACACGUGGUAUCCCAACUUCAGUGGGACGGCAGUUCUCAAGGAGCUUAGCAAAUGGCUGUCUGAGCAUGAUGGGAAACAUAACAUAUACUCAAUAUACACAUGUUGUACACAGUGCUUUACACUAAUAUAAACAGUGAGACAGAGCUUGACAUGCAAAAACAAGGACGCAGAACAUGGCUGGUAAAUUCUCAUCACUCUCAGUCUGUCAGAGGCUAUGUAUAGACAGACUCAGGAGUGAGUGACACAUCCACUGGCAGGGCAGUAGAGUAGGUAUGUACAGUACAAAGGGAGGUGCAGGUACAGUGAGUACAGUACAGAGUGUUACUGGCAUUGCCCUCAGGCAAAGCACAUAGCAAGACACGAGGAGGUUGUUUUCCUUACAGAGAGGGAGUGGUAUGGGAGAGAGACACGACGAGACACACAGAGAAAGACAGCGAAGAAAAGACGGUGACAGAGAGAGAUUCAGGGAGAGAGGUAUAUUUAAAAAAGUGAUACAGAGAGAGAGAGAGAGAGUGAGACAUACCGACAGGGGGAGAGAGAUACAGAUUGAGAGAUGAAGAUACAUACUGAAGAGGGGCACAAAAAGAGGAGAUGAUACAUAUACAGAGAGAUACAGAAAUAUGAAGAUAUGGAGCAGUUUGUGGGCAGAAAGAGAGCGAUGUUGAGAUAUGGACCGGUUCAGAGGGAGAUACGGAGACAUGGACCAGUUAUGGGGUAGAUACGGAGACAUGGACCAGUUAUGGGGUAGAUACGGAGAUGUGGACCAGUUUAGGGAUAGAUACAGAGAGAUAAACCAGUUAAGGGGGAGAUACAGAGAUAUGGACCAGUUCACUAGGAGAUACAGAGAUAUGGACCUCUUUAGAGGAGAUACAGAGAUAUGGACCAGUUUAGGGGUAGAUACAGAGAUAUGGACCAGUUAUGGGGUUGAUACAGAGAUGUGGACCAGUUUAGGGGUAGAUACGGAGAUGUGGACCAGUUUAAGGGUAGAUACGGAGAUAUUGACUAGUUUAGGGGUAGAUACGGAGAUGUGGACCAGUUAUGGGGUAGAUACGGAGAUGUGGACCUCUUUAGAGGAGAUACAGAGAUAUAAACCAGUUCAGGGGGAGAUACAGAGAUAUGGACCAGUUUAUGGGUAGAUACAGAGAUAUGGACCAGUUCAGGGGGAGAUACAUAGAUAUGGACUAGUUUAGGAGGAGAUACAGAGAUAUGGACCAGUUUAGGGGGAGAUACGGAUAUGGACCAGUUCAUGGGGAGAUACAGAUAAGGACCGGUUUAGGAGCAGAUACAGAGAGAUAGACCAGUUCAGGUCGAGAUACAGAGAUAUGGACCAGUUUAGGGGAUGAUACAGAAAUAUGGACCAGUUCACGAGGAGAUACAGAGAUAUAGACCAGUUUAGGGAGAGAUACAGAGAUAUGGACCAGUUCAGGGGGAGAUGCAGAGAUAUGGACCAGUUUAGGGGAUGAUACAGAGAUAUGGACCAGUUCAUGAGGAGAUACAGAGAUAUGGACUAUAUGAAGGGGAAGUAAAGGAUGCAGAGUUAUUGACCAGUUUUUGGAGAGAGUGAAACAGGAGAAUGAUGGAGGAGAGAGCUAAACAUGAAAGUAUAACAGAAGGAAUUUGAAAAAGAAAAUCUGGAUACGAGAGACUGAACAUACUAGACUAUUCAAACAUUUUAGAUUCUGUACAGAACUCUUGGCUUUCCACGAGAGUUGUAGUGCUAAGAAUUAUAUAAUGUUAGUGUUCGUUUCAUGGCUACUUCCUAUGGUUUGGAUUUUGCCUGCUUUGAUUUAAAUGAUAGCUAGAAGUACGAGAGCCAAUAGAAAUCCCCCGUCCUCCCUGUAAAACCUCCUGUGGCUAUCCCUGCCUGGUCUAUCACUGCGUCUGCGUGAUAAAUGGACAUUAAGCACAUUAGACAUCAGAUUAUGUAUCAAAGUAUAUCGUAACAUGGUGUACACUCAAGUGCUAAGAGACAAAUUUUAAAAAUAUUCCACAUGGCCUAUGUUUUAAUUUUUACCUAAAAUUAUGGCCCAAGUCUAGACUAGGAAAAUAAUUAAUCUAGGGGCAUUCAGAUUGCAAAAUCCUGACAUUGCAUAUUAAAGAUUUACAAAUGCCUGAAUCUUACAAAACAGGCAAUUUAGAGAGAAUGGAGACUUGCAGGUUUAUUAGCUAAAUUCACCUAUGAUUCCAGUUCUGCUACUUCCAUUUUAAAUUCUCCCUUUUGGUAAAUAAGCAUGUCGACUUGAUUAUGUCUAGAAGCAAUGGAAUGCCUAGGAUCUGGAAUUGAUAGAAUUUAUAUAUACACUGAUAAUUAUAUGUUAUAACAUCUAUAUAAUUUUUUAUGUACAUUUAGACUAUUUCAUGUUAACUCAUUAUUUCAUAGCUUGUGUAUGAUAAAUAUUUGAUAAAUAUGUAAAUCCUAUAUUUUAUAUAUAAUUUGCAAAUGAGAAUAAUUGAUUUUAAAGCAGACACCAGAUGGUACCAAAUUAUACGUUCUUAAUUGGUUGAAACUAAAUUUCAACUGGAUUUGUGUUCAGUUAAUAUGAGAAUUCCACAUUUCGGUUGCAAUUCAGUAAUUUUAACCAAAUGUUGGUGAUCCAGACUGUGUUUGGACUUUAGCAAAUAAUCCCAUUAUUGAAUAAUCCUGUAUUGGGUUGAGGAGGAGAAAAUGUUUUGUUUUUUUAAGAUUUCAGAAAAAACAGAAAUACCAUAAUCGAAUCCCAAAACUUUAAAUAAAAUGUGCGGAAAUGUGUUAUAUUUCCCAAUUACAUUCUUCCUCACUUCCUUGUAACAUACGCAAUCCAUGGAUCCACUUACAUAAUGUGUUGUCAUUUAUUUACAUAUGGGAGUGAUCAGAUUAUGUAACAGUGUGUGGGACUUUCGAUCACCAUCUUUCUCAGAAACUAUACAGUUCAGUUUACAAAGUGUGUGAGCAGUAUUUACACUUUUUAAAACUCAUUUAUUUGAUGGACGGGUCCCCUUUAAAGACACAAAUAGAAUGUUUUGUUUUUUUAUGUCUUAACUUGGAACCAUAGUUUGCAAUGUUGGACUACCUGACGUUACCUGUCUGAGACAUUAUAUUUGUGAAUAACGCGGGUGGUUAUUUGUAUAUUUAGAAAUCUCUACAAAUGAUAGCCAAUGGGCAUAAUAUAGUUAUAUUAUAAUAGUUCCCCCAAUAUUUUAUUCUUCAUAAAAAUGUAUAAAGUUAUUUGCAGAUUAGAAUAGGGAUUUUUUUUAGUGUAUAAGAAAACUUUUAGCUGUGCUGAUCAUUGUUCGAAAUUUUUCUCGUUAGUGAUGCUCAUAAGUUCAUAUUUCCGUAAUGGCAUAGUAUCAUAAAACUGGCAUUUAAUAAUUUUUAAAACUAAUUAUGAAUCUCAUUAUUAUUUCUGAACACCCAAGCCCACAGAGCAAUUAAUUACAUAUUAUUUGUCUAUCAUACAGGGGCACUGUAAGCACCACGACCUCUACAUCUCAUUGCACCCCUCACCCCAGUUUUAAAUUAAAACCUUUUUGAUAAACCUUUUUGAUACAUGUGACAAAAACAUUACUCUCCUGUAACUUAAAUCUCGGGCCCCUGGCCGUGGUUUAGAUAAUGUGAAAGAUAAGAAACUUGAAGGACAAUGAUAGGCUUCCCGCGGUUAGUCCAACAUUCUCGACCUAUCAAUGAGACCUUAAGUUGGAGGAAUAAUCUGGGAAUUUACAUCUGCUUUAGCCAAGCUAUAGAAGAGGGGACAGGGUUUAAACAUGAGGAGGAACCUCUGUUUUUUUGUUAAACUGCUUGAAAAUGGUUUAACAAAUAAGGGAAGCAAUGGACACGAAGAAAUCUGUGUUAUAACCAGUGCAGUGAGACGAACAGACACUUCCUCCUUAAGAUCUUAGAAGGUCGCUCAGUGCCAUCAAACUUUGCGACGCACUGGAUAGGAGGUUGUCACAAAGCACCAUUGUUUGUCAAUGCUUUCCUGUGAAACGCACCUGACUGGACCAGAGAACAACAGGCCUGAUAAUCUCACUGUUUGGGGAUCGGGCUGCAGAGAUGAGACUGUCCCGGAGCUGGAUAACAUACGUUUAAUGGAGUUUUUUUAAACUCGAGGCCAGUCACCUACACUAAUUCUUAUAAUAUAUAAACUUAUUUUUAACGUUACGAGUGUUCCUUUAAACUGGAGCAUCAUAUUGGAAGAUGGAUGAACACAGUUUUUGCUUAAUUAGCAUAAAGGAAUGCACAAGUUCUUACUUAUUUUAUCACAAUGAAGGCCUCAUUGGCUAAAACGUAUUCUGUGCAUUCUUAUACCCUAAUAAAGUAAACUUUGUAUAACCUGUGAGGUCUGAUGCAGGCCUCCUCCUAUCCAAUCUAUGAAUAGGACGCGAUAUAGCUCAUCUCUGUAUUUCUAUACACAUAACCUGGUGAUCUUUUGCUUUCAUUAGCUUUUCCCGGGAGAUAAUACGGAAUGGGGUGUUCAUGAUAUGUUCAAGAAUGAUAGUUCAACUAAUCUGAAUUGACUACUUUCCUCCACAAAAAAAAGUUUUAAAAAAGUUCCUACAUGUUUUAACCACUUUCUUACAUAAUUAAACAAGCCAGGGUACCACUGGCAGAAUUACCAGGGUCACGUUCUCUAUUACGACGGGGCCCUGGAGUUUUACCUGUCAAGGGGGGGGCCCAGGCCAGUCAGUGGCCCCUCCUUGCAAAAGCACUAUUUAAUACAUUGGCAUUCUGGCACUAUAUUAAAUAACUGUUAAGGUUCACGAUGGAGCGCUGGGUAAGUGCACCCUUGCAGUCCCGGUGCUCAGAGGAUGAGUCCGAGUGCUGUCACUGGGGUACUGUGACAAUGCUCUGACUCAAUCAAUGAGCGUCGGACAGGAAGAGCAUUUGACCACAUUCUCCCCAAGGAUGAGUACAGCAGCACCCCGAGACACCAAGGAUCAUAGCCCCACCGGACCACCAGGGAUUAUAACCCCCUCCCUGCAGAAAGGUAAGCAGGAGGGGGGAAUGAGGUAAACAACUUUUUUAUGUUGUUAAUAUUACACACACUUCACACACAGUCACACUCAGAAAACCCCACAAGCAUUCACACUCAGACAAGACCACACACAAUCAGACUCAGCUAACCCAACACACAUUCACACCUAGACAAGCACACAUGCAAUCACACGCCGCUAACCCCACACACAUUCACACUCAGAUAUGCAUGCAUUUACACCUAGACAAGCACACACUCAAUCAGACUCCGCUAACCCCACACACAUUCACACUCAAUGACACAUGCAUUCACACAAGCCCAAACAAUCAAACUCAGAUGCCCCAGACACACAAUCACACUCAUUUAUUGCCCCCCUCACUCAGGCAACCCCAUGCACAAUGACACUCUGACAGUAUUCCCACACAGUCAACCCCACAUACACACAAUCAAUCUCAGCAUACUCAAUAUUUACAUAUCACACUCAGCAACCACAAACAUCCAACAGAGGUGUAUUGCUUAGGUUGGAGUAAAAAGAGGCAAUGGGGUUGAUGUUUUUCCUUUGCACACAGUAGUUCCUAGUUACGUCCCUGUAUGGUACAAGGGGUUAUAUCUUACAUAAGAAGUGUUCUGAAGUCCUAACAGUAUUAUUAUUAUUAUUUUAGCCAUAAGCCUGCUGAAUUUCACAUCAAUAAAAUAAAAGUUCAUUAAGAAAUUAUGUUCCAAGAAUGUUGCAACCUAUUUUCCAUUCUCUAACUCUUUAUGUUCUUCUCUUACUUUAAGCAGUUUCUUUUGAAUCCCCUGGUUGCAGUCAUGAAAUCCUCAUACUCUGAGACAGGUUCCCCCAAACAGGAGACAGAGAGCCACUCAGACAGCCAAGCUGACAAACAGCCCAAGGAAGACCAGGUGAAAAAGGAGAAAGGAGGCAGCGAGAAGGACUCUGGGUACUCAGGUAAGCAAUAAAUAAGCUUUGUUUUGUUGUUUUAUAAAUGAGCAAAAUAUGAGAGUACGGCUAAAGAUCAUUCACACACGCCUCUGAAGGAAUGUGUUAGAGCACAUGGAAACUUGCAUACUAGCACAUACUGUACACAAGCUUUCUCUGUGAGGUCUCUGAACGAUGGGGUUUAUUACACCUGAUUUAUACUGAUUGUUGUAGCAGGAAGGAGCUAUGUGCAGGGAGACAGGGACAUUUAGCAUCAUAACCUGUAGAGGAAGCAUUAGUUGUUAUGGUGUUUGGGGUCCCCUUUUAAAUGCCAGUUGUAGAAGAUAUGCACAUGCCUGUGCUGCACGUCUAUGGAUUUAUAUUGAUAAAACACACAUCUGAUAUAUUUACGGUCAGCUAAAAAAAAUGAUAAUUAAUUAUAGACUUUCAAUGUUUUAUUGUAAUGGUGUAAGAGAUAAUUAGGAUAUAUUGACAUUCCACUUUAAUUUACAACUUAUAGUUGUCAUUAUCUCAGUUUGGCAGAGAUUGUGUUCCCACUUGCCUUUUUGAUUUAGAGAUUCCUCAUCUCUUUUGACAUAGUGUAAUGUUUCCCCUGCCUUCAUUCAAACUUGCUUUCUCGCACCUUUAAAACACAUCACAUUGUCUUCCACUCUCCCCAAAUGUCACUUCUAAUGUCCCACCUUUUGUAUUUCCCUAUUGUAGACAGCAGUUCAGAGAGUUUCAGUUCUGAAGAGACAGCAGGAUCAGCAGCAGUUGCGGUGUCCAAAAGCUCACAAGAAUCAGCACAUUCUCAGGCAACAUAUACUCCUAUCUACAUACUGCAAAAUGUUGUACUAAAACAGGUAAGAACAUAGUUGUAAAACAAAAGAGAUAGAAAAGAAGAUAAAUCUUCCUGAUAGCUCAAUAAUUUGCCCCAAUCUUUUCUUCUUCCUUAGCCACGACUCCUUAUGCUUCAACAGCCAGUACGACGCCACCGCAAGCGCCCGUUUUCAUCAUCCUAUCUGCCAAUCCUACGCUCAUACCCUCGGAUUGCCCCGCGCCUGAACACUCCUCCAGCUUUAACCCCCCAAUCACCUCCAAUUGUCCAGUAUCCCACCCCACCCAAAAGCAAUAAUGCCCCUCCUCAAAUCUUGGAUAUCUCCCUCCGUUCUCUUGCUCUCCUGCGGCGAACACGGGAAACCCAACGAAGCAUACGUGAACUCAGGGUUCACACCAAACUUUACAAUCGAGCCUUACAAGGGGAAGAAGGUGGGUGGGACAGGCUACGGAGAGCAAUGGAGAGGAGUGGGGUUUAUCGAGGCGGAACGUCAUCAAGUGGAACAUCAUCAAGUGAAGAUGUGUCAUCUUCUGGAGAGGAGAAGAUGUUAGAGCAAAUCAAGAGUCCAUCAGAAAAGGAUGCGUUGCAACUGGAGAAAGCAGUUGAUACUUCAUUGAUAACCAAGUCUUCAGAAGAAGCAACAAUACAUGGAGGAAAUGAAAUGGAUGUUGUAUGACCAAAAGUGUCACACGCAAGACUAUGACCAAACUGGAUAUAUAUGUAUAUAAAUAUUUUUUUAAUAUAUUUUAUUGUCAAAGUGCCCAGAAACAUUAUAUGGGGCUGAGCCUCAGAUGACAACAACAGUGUACAAACUAACUUUUAUAGUUUAUAAAUCGGAUUUUACUAUCAGCAUGUCUACAAAAUACACUCUUGCGUAUAGCUAAAGCUCAAGGGUAUGUAAAUACACCAAACUUUUCAAUUUUGUACUCUAUUAUGCUUUACCAUACUACAUUUUUAAGAGGCCAAAUCAAUUAAUACAAUUAGUGAACCAAGAGCGUUAGAUGGAGGAUCAAUGCAGUAACUUGAGGUCUGAGCUAUAUAAAAAAAACAAAUACAAAAAAAAAAAAAUAGGAAGCCCAACAACAUAUUUUAAACACCUUGAACACAGAGUAUACCUACAAAUUAAUAUAGAGAUAUGGCGAACCAAUAAUUGCACAAGUACAAACUGACCUCAUCUGACCAAUAUAAACAUAGACAUUGAUUAAGCCAACAAACAUUGAAUUGAAAUCAAUAAUCCUAAAAAUAACAAUUGUUAUUUCGGGACAGUAUGUUCCCUUCUAUUGAUGUAAUCACUGCCCCCUCUUUGCUCUGUAAAAUGCAAGUUGAAUCUAUUUUAAUUACCAAAUUUCCAGUGUGGAGACUCCUUUACCGCAGCCUCUAUCAGUAUCCAAGCGGACAACUUCAGUGAUCUCACCCAAUCCAAUGCUACUCAUAGAAGCCCUAGGGAUGAGAGCACAUGCGCAGUAUAACACCACACUCCUCCAAAUAAACCCUGCUAUCAGCAUAAUUUGAUUGAAAAACUCUCGGUCAUGGAGGUGCUAUCGCCUCUAAUGGUUGCAAGAAAGACAUCCAUUAAAGGCGUCCUUAAAGGACCACUAUAGGCACCCAGACCACUUCAGCUCAAUGAAGUGGUCUGGGUGCCAAGUCCAUCUAGUUUUAACCCUGCAGCUGUAAACAUAGCAGUUUCAGAGAAACUGCUAUGUUUACAUAUGGGUUAAUCCAGCCUCUAGUGGCUGUCUCAUUGACAGCUGCUAGAGGCGCUUCCGCGCUUCUUACUGUGAUUUUGAGAAUGCUUUCCUAUGGACUGACUGAAUGCGCGAGUGGCUCUUGCCGCGCAUGCGCAUUCAGCAAAUGACGUCAGAAGAG